GAUAGUCUUUGUGUCCGGUCAUCUUCUUCCACCCCCAUUGCGGCUACGAGUGGUACGGUCCGACGAGCAGGGUGCCGCCGCUCCCCUCCGCCUCGCUUUACGGCAGAUGCACUCGCGCUUGUACCGCGGCGGUUUGUCGAGGAGAUCCAGUGGUGGUGACUACCGGGAUGCCUCGGGGAACCACGAACACAGGAAACGAAGCCUCCCGACCUCGACGCCCACGCUAGCAACCACUGCAGUUGGACAAGCUGCGAGUGGCGGCACGACUGAGCAGCCGCGGCCGCUUGACAGGUGCCGUCGCCCGGCACUGCGUGAGGAGAUGCCGCCCGUCCAGAGAACCAUGUCGGAUCUACGAACGCGGGCUGACGGAUAUGAGAAGACAGAGGACGCUUCAGAAAAGACAUCCUUAGCGGACCAAGAAGAUGCCCGACUGAUUUACCUUAACCAGCCACAGUUUACAAAGUUUUGCAGCAACCGGGUCAGUACGGCCAAAUACAAUGUCGUCACCUUUCUCCCGAGAUUCCUCUACUCGCAGUUCAGGAGGGCAGCCAACGCUUUUUUCCUCUUCAUUGCACUCUUACAGCAAAUCCCAGAUGUGUCUCCCACUGGUCGCUGGACAACGUUGGUGCCACUGCUUUUUAUACUGGUUGUGGCUGCUGUAAAGGAAGUCAUUGAGGAUCUGAAACGCCACAAGGCUGACAGUGUUGUCAACAAAAAGGAAUGUCAAGUAUUAAGAAAUGGCGCCUGGGAGAUUGUGCAUUGGGAAAAGGUGACUGCUGGGGAAGUAGUCAGAGCUGCCAACGGCGAUCACCUCCCGGCUGACCUCGUCAUACUGUCGUCCAGUGAACCGCAGGGAAUGUGCUACAUCGAAACAUCUAAUCUAGAUGGCGAAACUAACCUUAAAAUCAGACAGGGUCUCCAAGUGACGUCCGACUUGAAGGACAUCGACAGCCUAAUCCAUCUCUCAGGGAAGAUGGAGUGCGAGUGCCCAAACCGUCAUCUGUACGAGUUUGUGGGGAACAUCCGAUUGGAUGGACACAGGUGGCCUCAGUUGUUAAGCACACUGCCACUGGGUCCGGACCAGAUCUUACUAAGAGGAGCCCAGCUACGGAAUACACAGUGGGUCCAUGGUGUGGUGGUCUACACGGGUCAUGACACAAAGCUCAUGCAGAACUCCACUCGGCCACCGCUGAAGUUGUCCAAUGUGGAGCGCAUCACCAACUUUCAGAUUCUUGUCCUGUUUGGCUGUCUGCUGGCCAUCUCGUUGGUCUGCUCCGUGGGCCAAACCAUCUGGAAGUACCGGUGCGGCAAUGACGCCUGGUACAUGGACCUCAACUAUGGUGGGGCAGCGAACUUCGGCCUCAACUUCCUCACCUUCAUCAUCCUGUUUAACAAUCUGAUCCCCAUCAGCCUUCUGGUCACACUGGAGGUCAUCAAGUUCACCCAGGCCUUCUUCAUCAAUUGGGACACUGAUAUGAUCUACGAGCCUACAAACACACCUGCCAUGGCUCGCACCUCUAAUCUGAAUGAAGAGUUGGGCCAGGUGAAAUAUAUUUUCUCUGACAAGACGGGCACGCUGACCUGCAAUGUCAUGCAGUUUAAGAAGUGCACAAUUGCUGGAGUGGCCUACGGUCACGUGCCUGAGGCUGAGGAGGGUAGUUUUGCAGAGGACGACGGGCACAGCUCACACUCAUCGGAGGAGUCAGGCUUUAUCGACCCGAGCUUGCUGGAAAACCUCCAAAGUAAUCAUCCUACAGCUGCUGUCAUCCUGGAGUUCAUGACCAUGAUGGCCAUCUGUCACACCGCAGUCCCCGAGCGCAGCGACAGAAAAAUCACCUACCAGGCAGCGUCCCCAGAUGAAGGCGCUCUGGUGAGAGCUGCAUGCAACCUGGGUUUUGUGUUCUCUGGUCGAACGCCAGACAGUGUCAUUGUGGAAAUGAUGGGAAACGAGGAGAAGUAUGAGCUGCUUCACGUCCUGGAGUUUACAAGUUUGAGGAAAAGGAUGUCAGUCAUCAUGCGCACGCCAUCCGGAAAGAUCCGCCUCUACUGCAAAGGAGCCGACACGGUGAUCUAUGAUAGACUGGCAGACAGCUCUCGCUACAAAGAGAUCACGUUGAAACAUUUGGAGCAGUUUGCUACUGAGGGGCUGCGCACGCUGUGCUUCGCGGUGGCAGACAUCAGCGAGUCGUCCUAUCAGCAAUGGCUGGAGGUGCACCACCGAGCCUGCACCUCCCUGCAGAACCGAGCCCUCAAGAUGGAGGAGAGCUACGAACUCAUCGAGAAGAACCUGCAAUUGUUGGGGGCCACCGCUAUCGAGGACAAGCUGCAGGAUAAGGUGGCUGAGACCAUAGAGACACUGAUGAAGGCCGACAUCAAGAUCUGGAUCCUUACGGGGGACAAACAGGAAACGGCCAUCAACAUUGGACAUUCCUGCAAACUACUGACUAAGAACAUGGGCAUGCUAGUGAUAAACGAGGACACGCUUGAUAGAACAAGGGAGACCCUCAGCCACCACUGCGGCAUGCUGGGAGAUGCGCUCUACAAGGAAAACGACUUUGCGCUUAUCAUUGAUGGAAAGACGCUGAAAUACGCCCUCACCUUUGGAGUGCGACAGUACUUCCUGGACCUGGCGCUGUCCUGCAAGGCCGUCAUCUGUUGCAGAGUGUCUCCCCUGCAGAAGUCGGAGGUAGUGGAGAUGGUGAAGAAGCAGGUGAAGGUUAUCACGCUUGCCAUCGGCGACGGCGCCAACGACGUCGGGAUGAUUCAGACGGCGCACGUCGGUGUGGGAAUUUCAGGCAACGAGGGGCUGCAGGCCGCCAACUCCUCUGACUACUCCAUUGCUCAGUUCAAAUACUUGAAGAAUCUGCUGCUGGUCCACGGAGCUUGGAAUUACAACCGUGUGGCCAAAUGUAUCCUGUACUGCUUCUACAAAAACAUUGUUCUUUACAUCAUAGAGAUCUGGUUUGCGUUUGUCAAUGGCUUCUCGGGUCAGAUUCUGUUUGAGCGCUGGUGCAUCGGCUUGUACAACGUGAUCUUCACUGCCCUUCCUCCACUCACUCUGGGAAUAUUUGAGCGCUCCUGUCGAAAAGAAAACAUGCUGAAGUACCCGGAGCUCUACAAAACCUCCCAGAAUGCAAUGGGAUUCAACACCAAGGUCUUCUGGGCUCAUUGUAUGAACGGCCUCUUCCAUUCCGUCAUCCUCUUUUGGUUCCCUCUCAAAGCCUUCCAGCACGAUACAGUAUUUGGCAAUGGAAGAACUCCUGACUAUCUCCUUUUAGGAAAUAUGGUUUACACAUUUGUGGUCAUCACAGUUUGCCUUAAAGCAGGCCUGGAAACCUCAUCCUGGACUAUGUUCAGUCACAUCGCCAUCUGGGGCAGCAUUUGCCUGUGGGUGGUGUUCUUCGUCAUCUACUCGUCCCUCUGGCCCCUCAUCCCUCUGGCCCCUGACAUGUCAGGCGAGGCGGAGAUGAUGUUCUCUUCAGGGGUCUUCUGGACGGGCCUGGUCUUCAUCCCUAUCACCUCGCUGGUCUUUGACGUGGCCUACAAAGUGGUGAAGAAAGUGUUUUUCAAGACACUGGUGGAUGAGGUUCAGGAGCUGGAGGCACUAUCCAAAGAUCCCGGAGCUGUAGUGCAUGGGAAAAGCUUGACGGAGAGGGCCCAGCUCCUGAAAAACGUCUUCAAGAAGAGCACUGUGAGUCUGUACCGCUCCGAGUCCAUGCAGCAGAACCUGCUACGUGAGUUACUCGACAUUGUCGUCUUUCUCUCAUAUCGCUUCCUUUCUCACCGGAAGUUGCAGGUGAUAGGUAGAUUGAAAUGGGGUACACACACGUACCGAUUUUUAUUUAAUUUAUUUAUUGUUUUGGGACAUUUCACAAUGUGAGAGACCCCACACAUGGCAGGGGAAAAAAUGGUUUGUGUGUUCUUACUGCUCUUAUCGUGCAAGGUGUAUUCUAGAUGACCAGCACACACACAACCUUAUCUCCUCCGACAAUCCCCCAAAUCAGAUGUGUGUCCUAGUAGCAACACUGACCUGCGAGAGGCAGUGUGGUGCCAAGCGGCAUCCAGAGUGCCAGAAAAUAGUGGUACCUUGACUUACGAGCAAUACGAGUGCCCCAAUUUACGAAUUUUUCGAGUCGCGAGCUGUCUCUCGUUCGAUUUUUGUUUUGUGUCGCCAGCCAAAAUUUGUAGUCCGAGCCAGCUUCAGAUUGAAGUGAAACAAAAUAGAAGCAAUUAAGGUAGUGUAAUGCCCUGCAUGUGGGCAAGGAGAACCACAGUUGCCAAUGUACUUUAAGCCGUUUAUUGAACAGGUAGUCAAAACGCACAAAUACAGAAGGAGAACACUCGCGAGGAGCUGCUGCAGGCCGCAACUCAAGCCCAGGCGGCGCUCACACGCAGACUAGCCGGCCAUCUUGACAAUAGCUCACUUACUAGACCACGCCCCCUAAAACCACAUAUACAGUAAUCACACUUUAUAAAACCAGUUACUUUUUUCCUUUUAUUUUAUUAGGUUUUACAGUGGAACCUCAGUUUUCGUGAUGAAUCUGUUCCCAAAAAUCUGACGAAAGCUGAAGCAAUAUUUCCCAUAUGAAAUAAUGCAAAUCCAAUUAAUCUGUUCCAGACACCGAAAAGUGUUGACAAAUAACUACAUUUUAUGGAGAAUAACUAUAGUGUAGCAUACAGAAAACAAUGUGAAAUGAAUUUAAAUGACUAACAAAUUGGAUACAUUUACCUUUAUUAAAGACUCUUGACGGCAAUUGAAAAAACAGCCAGGAGGAGGAGACCUUUCCUUCCACUUUUGUCUUGAAUUUCAUGGUCUUCCUCGCCUUCGUUAUUAAUGGGCCGGCAGCAUUUGGAACUUUCUUUGGCCCCACGGUGGCUUAUUGAGCAGUCGUACUCAAUAAAUAAGAAAAGAAAAACUUUGGAAAUGCUUUUGAUCAUGCGCUUCUGCUCUGUGCUGAGGCUCACUCAAAAAGAAAAGACUCAAUCAAGUUGCGCAUGGGCUUUGUGUGGGGCUCAGUUCCGGAAAUGAGCUGCCAGUCACAAGCUUUUAGAAUGAAGAGAGUGCGAUUGGAAAAACAACUGGUACAUAUUUCCAUGAAAAGAAAUAAUUGCAAACCUAAUCGUAUGAUAAUUAGGCCUUACGAAAACUGAGGUUCGCUGUAAAGUGCUAUUUACAAUAUGUAUGUAUAUAUUAAAAAAAAAAAAACAUAAGUGAAAGAAAUAACUUCCUUUUUCGUAAUCAGUUGUCGUUCCAUUACUACCACUCGUCUUCCACCUCAGUUUAGUUUUUACUUGUUAGCAAAACUCGGGUGUCAAGUUUGGUUUUCUUUAUUUCUUUGUGCUGUGUUGUCUCCUUUUCUCCUUUGUUUGAUCAUUGUGUUUCUGUUUGUCUCAUAGGUGGGGAUGAGACACUUGUCAUGUGAUUUCUUUUUUUUUUUUUUUUUUUUUGGAUUUAAUUAUUAUUCUUACCUUACCUUUUAAAGCCUCCGUCCUCUCCCUUCGUAGCUCCUCCAUAGAGAACUAGUUGUUACUCGGCGUUAGUCCUUUUCUCCGCUUUUUUUCCUCCCCCUCGUGUUCCUGCUGUGUCCUGACUUUGUAAGAGCGCCGUUCACGGUGAAAUGACGAAAUGUUGCGCUGUUAUUUCCUCCUGCCGCCACAAUGCACUCGCCACAGCGCGCUCCUUUGAGCUGGCGCGCAGGUACUGAGCGGCUCUUUUGACAUGUGAAGGUGAGACUUUAGGAACCGUUUAGCUUCGGUAAAGCUUAGCCUACUGUUAGUAUUUGUAAUGCCUUUAAAACAUUGUUAAGGAAUAAACUCAUCGUUUAUCCUCAGAUUUGACGUGCAAAUGCUAAAGCUAAGUCAAAAUCCUCAUAAACUGAUUACAAUUACUCUACAAUUGUUUGUACGGGAACAUUAAGAUUGUCGGUGGAUGUAUUGAAUAACCUAUUGUGUUGCCGUACGCCUUUUUUGUCAUGGAUAAUGCGAGGUUGGCGAAUGGCUUCAUGUUAGCUUGUUAGCGUCAUAUUGAGCAGCCAGAGUGUGGUCUUCCCAUGAAAAUUAUCCCAAGACUUCUUGUUUCUGGAGUUACUUUGAGUGUGUGUCAAAUACAUUUAAAAAAAAUAAAAAAGAAUAAUAAUCUGUUUUCUCUAGUUACACCCGCAACCCGUAAAGGACAUAGCAAAUGGAUGGAUUUAGAAAAACCUUCCUACUUGCUUGUGUUGUUGCCUUUUUUUGUUCCUUCCUUCAAUGUUUAAUCCGUUUGAUUCCGUUUUGGCAGAUGGCUAUGCCUUUUCCCAAGACGAGAACGGGGUGGUAUCCCAGUCGGAGGUGAUCCGAGCAUACGACACCACCAAGCAGCAGAGCAGAGAGUGGUGAGCGUUGGCCAUUCCAGAGCUGCAAGAGCUCUUCCCGCUUUCUUCUUUUUGGAAUUUGUGGGACUCGUAACAUGACUGCAGACAGACAAGAAUGGAAUCAUGUAUUGUUUUGUGAAAGGGAACAAAUUAAUUGUGUUCUAUUAUCGAGCACGGUGCUUUUUUUUUUUUUGCAAACCUGAGCAAAGUGUCUCCUCUGUCUUCAUUAACAGGAAGAAAAUUUUUUUUUAUUCGCGCUAUACCAAAACGACUAAAAUCAUUGCGGCCAAUUAAAACUGUUAAUUGUGAAGUUAAACAAUCCUUGGAGCCAAGAUUUUAAGUGGCGUCAGAUUGCCAAAGAGCAGUCGUAAAUACAAUCUUCCAAGUACUCAUGAAGUCGGACAGUGUCGUGAGCACCACUCUCCUUUAAUUUCCUUUUCUUUUUUUUUUUUUUUUUGCACUAAAUGAAACGUCGUGUGUAAAAGCCUUACAUUUUCUCAUGCCUUUACAAAACAAAUCCUUUUUAGUUCUUCACAUAAUGUAGACACUGUGCCUGCUUUUAGUUUGUGGCCUAGUCUGAUUUCCACCUUUUUGACUCCAAGCCCCCGUGAUGGAUGACAGCAUUCCAUACAUCACAAUCACAAAGGUGCCUACGUUUCCAUCCCGGAGGAAUGAGCUCGCGUCACAGCUAGCUUUCGGUCGAGGCACACGUGAAAAAAAAGACCAAAAAAAAAUUAUAUGUGUGUGUAUAUAUAUAUAUAUAUAGAGAGAGAGAGAGAGAGAGAGAGAGAGGGGGAGAGAGGUAUAGAUUUUAUAUAUAUAUACACAACCCCAAUUCCAAUGAAGUUGCGACGUUGGGUUAAACAUAAAUAAAAACAGAGUACAAUGAUUUUCAAAUCAUGUUCAACCUAUAUUUAAUUGAAUUCACCACAAAGACAAGAUAUGUAGUGUUGAAACUGAUCAACUUAAUUGUUUUUAGCAAAUAAUCAUUAACUUGGAAUUUUAU